UUGCGGAAUGACCAAAUGCUGGCCUGGAUUCUCAAUGGACUCUCCCCAGAUGCCGUGUUCAAGUUGGUGAAGUUGGAUGAAGGAGGGCUUGAGAAGCUGCUUUCAAACCCAGCUUUUACGGUUUGGUAUUACUACUUCAACCGGUUAAACCAGUACAACCCCGAUAGAGGCGUCAGCAUGAUCAAGAGCUUGCUCACAACUUACGAAGACGCUCCGUUGGCAAAGGCGAUUAGUGUGGCGAAGAAG